GUCUCACGUAUCCAUCGCAAUAUAACUUCGCUGUGUAAUUCGGCUACGUUGCUUCUAAUGUUGUAUUCCAAUAUCGGUUAACCCAUUAAAACGGCCGAGCUGUCGGAUAUCGCCUAAUAAUUUACUAACUGCUAUAACAAGCGCGCUUUUACUAACAUUUCAGGAACACGGGGCUUGGCCGAAUCUCGUAACGAUUCGUUCGACGACCUGGAUUUCAUAUUCGACAACCGCGGCCGUCCCGUACACGAGGAAAACUUUGAAGAUGACUUUGUCAGCACUCAUCGACGGUUCAAGGAACGAGCCGCUGCCGCAUUCGACUCCGACUUAGCAGAGCUUAGACGCAAGCGCAAAGAUAUGCAGGACAGAAUGUUCGACAUGGUCGACAUAAACGAAGAAAUCGAACGUGCCAAGUCGACUCUGGAGGCAGCUGAUUUUGCUUUUCAGCGUCACGCAACGAAGUUUGACAACAACGAAAUUUUCGAGGACGCAACGUUGGUUAAAAAGACGAACAGGCACAGGAAUUUGCAGGACGUUGAAGUCGAAGAGAAGCCAAGACCUAAGGCUGCGUUCAAGUGGGCGAAAGUUUCUGAAACGGAGGAAGACCCGACUCAACUGAAAUCUAUUACGGCUAGGAAAGCUCGAAUCAAUUCGCUCAUAGCUGAGAACACGAACGCGGAUUUCCCCUUUGAAGGUCCCGCGAUCAAGAUCAAACCAAAGUCGGCCUUCAAAAGUGACAAGAGAAAGAAGACCGUCUCAUUUUAGGAGAGAUUGCGCCUCCUCGGACAUUUGAUAAAAUUCGAAAAUCCAAUCACGGUGAUAUAACGUAAUUCAGCGCAGCACUUUGCAUUGUACCUAUAAAUAUAGCUAAUUGUUGCAGGCGAUAACUGAAUCUUACAUUAUAUUCUGACCGGACUAUGACUAAAAAUUCAUUGUCCAUCCCCAUUCAAGGUCUAUCUAUUCGCGCAGCGACAUCCUCACCCACUUUCGUAUAAUACUUUCGAUUUUCUACUGCGCAAUUAUAAAUCUAUCGCUAUACCACGCAUCUGCUAUUUCUAUACUAUCUUACUGUCGGCAUCGAUGCCAGCAGCUGCGCGUUAUGUUCUUACUUUGACAAUGUGAAGAGAAAGGCGAACACAACAACAUGUAUUUGACGCAAGGACUAGGAAUAUGCCUAUAAGGUUUGAUUUUAUCGCUGUAUUCCUUGUACAAUUAACUACUCGGAAUGUAUUGUGAAAAAUAAAGUUAACCCCGGAUGUACGGUA